AUGGCACUCCUCAACCCUGUAUAUGCCUUCGUCGUGCCCUUCCUGUUUGUUGUCACGGUUCCUCUUGCUGUCUUCGCUGGUAUCACAACUACAAUCGCUUUCUCUGUUCUCAUCCUCCGAGUUCUGGCUGUGUAUCUCGACGUUGCUCUCUCUUUCGUUCCUCAUUAUUUGGGUGGACGUAAGACUCGCCCUUACCAUCCAAAUACUUAUCAUCCUCACCAUCAAAUCCUCGAACCGGCACCUGCAGCGCUCUAUACCAAUCCUGUACCUCCUUCUGCUGUUUCAACAGCAUUUGAGUCCUCCUUGCGACGUCGUCGACAUAGAAGAAGCUCCAGUGCUCUAUCCACGGCAGGCACUACUACUCCAAUCAGCGAAAAGGGACUUGGCUUACUACCAAGCAUUGGUCCAGAGCGAGACUUCGAAGGGGUUGGUGGCUGGCGUCUGGGUGGUGACGAUGAAACAUGGACUACCAUAAACUCACGGCUUGAACUCCCUGACAAGCAACACCUUGGGCGAAAUCAUCAUCGUUCCCCAUCUGGUGGCCCCACGACACCUGGAGAGGGCGGGUAUCUUAUGAUGAAGGGUCGCAACCGAAGCCCCGGAGCAAAACGUUUAGCAUCUCCUAAUAGCUCUCGUACAAGAACACCUUCUGGCCCACGGAUCGCUUUUACAAACAAGUCAUUCAUUGACAGUUACUUUCCAAGUCUCAAAACUUCUCCAAAAGGACUGAAAAAACUCCCGACUCAGGGUGUCGUCGAUGCGUAA